CCUACCCUCGCGAUGGCCCUUCCCACAGGAGGCCGUACCCCUCUCUCUUUGACGAGCAAACGGAGGGCGUGGGGGUGCUUCGCUUUCCCGCCACUCUCGCCGCCGUGUUCCUGCCUGCUCCCCUCCGGCGCGGCGGCGGCGUUCGUUGCAAACUGGAAAGGUGCCACACACCUGUGGACUUCCUCUUCGUAACGCGAGCCAGCCGCAGCAACCUGUGGCUUCGUUUUCUUUCGCCGACCCGACAACGCUCAUCAGACACAGCUCGAUCACGGCGCACUGUGCGCGCUUCAUUUCGUGCGGCGUCCAGAUGACACGGCCGUCGGCAGCGGUGCCGCGGUGGUGCCGUCGUCGUCGUCCUACGGUCAACGCCGGGUGCUCGGUAGCCGCCACCGGCGAGUGCUGUUCCUCUUCCUGAAGAGUGCGGCAGCCAGCCAGCCAGCCAGCCCCCGCGGCGCGCAGCGGUGGGAAAGGCGAGAUGCAGCAGCGGUGGGGCCAUCGCGAAGGCCGUGAACCGUCCUGGCAGCAGCCAAAGGAUGUGCGUAGCCCUGAAACAGCGACGGCGACGAUAUCGUGCGGUUGUGCGUGAUGUGCAAAACGCGCCGACUACCACUACGCGGGGCUCGGGAAAUGUAGGCCGCCGCCUCCGACGCUCGCGGUGCUCCAACUACGACCCAACCUCGCGUUGUCGUAUGAUUUUCUGAGUCCCGUGCAUUGAUGGUUCCGUCACCGGAUCUGCGCCGGAAAGCAUGGCCAUUGUGAAUUCCGUCGGAUGCUGCGAGCUCUUCGCUGCCGGCGUCUGCAUCGGUGUUUACACGAUGAUUGUCUACCUGGGCGCCUUCAUAAUGGAACUGUGGUGGAUCAUAGAGAACAAUGUCCAGCUGCCUGUCCCGGCUUACGUGCUGGCUGCCGGCUACUUCUCCAUCUUCCUGGUCUCCCUGUUCCUGCUGGCAGGUCUCUUCCUGAGGAAAUCCAACUACCUGCUUGGUUGGCUGUUCGUGUCCGUGCUGUUCUUCUUUCCCGAGUGUGGACUGGCGCUCUUCAUGAGUCUACAGUACUGGAAACUGGACAGCAAGGGCAUCGCGGAGCUGACCUUCUACAUCGCCCGUGCAGUGAUGAACGUGGUGUGCAUCGUGUGUGUGCAGUCGCUGUACACGCAGUGGAAGCAAGAGAAAGCCGUGAUGCGCCGCCUGCAGAACCUGAACGUGGUCACCUCGUACCGGGACCUGGUGCCCAGCAAGAGCAACGGCUCGGCGGGUCCCAGUGGUUCCGCGAGCAACGGCGUGGCCAGCGGCAGCGCCAGCCCGGGCAUCCAUCGCGCCAACGGCAACGCCGGCGGCGGAGGCUCCCUGUCCUCGAGGUCCCGGUACGCGACGGCCGCCGACAGCGAGCCGACGUACAUCGUGGCGCACAACUCGGCGCUCAAGCGGAGCACCUCGUCCGUGUCCGGGAUCAUGGUGCGCGCCGUGGGCGGCGGCGGGCAGCACCACCACCACCACCAGCAGCAGGGCGUCUACAACGCCGCCUUCAACGGGAGCCUCAACGGCUGCGUGUUGGGACCGUCGGGCGUAGACUUCUAUGCGCCCAACCCGGCCCUGUGGGCCGGCCCGAGUCCCAGGUCGGAGUUCGACGCCUCCUCGUUCGCCGACCUCGUGGCCCGCGGUGGCUUGCACGCCAACGGCGGCGGAGGAGGAGGACUGCUCAACGGCUACCGCAGCAUGUCCCGCUCCACGUCGGAGCUGAACCGGGGAGAGCCCUGGACGACGAACGGUUCGGCCGGUGCGGCCGCUGUUUCGCCUUCGCCGGUGGCGAGCCCGGGGGGCCCCGUGGACUAUGCGACGCAGAGCCUCGACCGACCCAAGUUCCGGCGCCACGGCGGUCGCAACAACCGCUGGGAAGUGCUGGACGUGCGGGGCUUCGGAGACGUCACUCUGGAGCGGCUCCCCGAGAGGCCCUUCCAGUACCUCAACAGGCCGGGCUCCGUGGUGCGUGGCAACGAGUCGGACACCAGCUCCAGUCACAGCAUCAGGGACAUUGCGCUGUGACGAGGACGGUGGUGACGACUACUCUCCGAUAACCAAGCAUUAGGCGCGCCCGCGGAGAAGCGCAUGGAUGUGUGUGUUUUGGCGGCGCCGGCUGCUACAUCAGUGCGCCUUAUUGUUGCGCGUGUUGACCAUCGGGCGCUGCUCAAUGAGCUGCGGCUGCGCAGGACCUCGGCGUGUUCUGUCUCAUCAGCAAAUGGGGUGUGCACAGUGUUGUACACGUGUGGCAGCUGUUUCGCGUGUCGCAUCUGACUGUCAAGAUGUAGCCGCAUUAGCGAAGCAUGCGCGUGCAUUCGGCGAGCGUUAAGCAUGCAUGCCGACACUUUCGCGAGGUAUAUUUUCGGAAUGUAAAUGCGAGCUUAUUCGAGUCAUUAUGGAGGAUAUGAAAGGAAGAAAGUAACACGUAUGCUCUUCCGCUUUUCCACGGGUUGUUCACGCAACUUCAAGUGACGUCUUAUGAAACAUCGCAACUUACGAAAUAUAUUCUCACCCGGGUCCACCCUACAAAUCUCAAAGUGCUCUUUCCCGAAAUUACGGUCAGCCUGUCCGGCCGUUUGGCAGUCGCGUUCAUUGCAGUGAGCUUGAUGCCGUCAUGCACUGGGCGAUGGUGAUGUCCGCAUUUCAAGUGCCUUCUUCCAUAUGGUCUGACGUCGGUGUAGAAACUUUAUCUACAGAGCGACGCUUGCGAGCAAAUAGGAAAGGAGGAAACUUUUUUUUUUUCAGAUGCCCACAUGCAGCUCACUUUAUGCCAAACUUACACAAUUACGUCCUUAGAAGAAAUAUGGCCCAGGCAUGGUUGCGAGAUCAGUGGUAUUCGUCGAGGUGGAAUCGCUUGCGCAGCUAUAAUUUAAUACUUUAUAAUAAAAAAUAGGUAAUUGAAUAAACUCUAUUUUUACGUUUGCGCUUAUUACGUCGCUUUCAUACUAUCAGUCAUUAAGUGCGAUUUUCAAAGUUUGUUAACUAUUGACGGGACCAGUGACCUUUCAAUGAAGUGUUGGUGCCGCUCAAAUAUAUACUGAUUUCCUCAGCAGCUCCAAAAUCGCUGCCAGCCUUACGCAUUCAUCACUUGGUGUACAGUAGCUGCUUGCCAGGCAAACAACAGGGAAUUUUAGAAGUAGCGUCCUCAAGCAGCUUUGCGUGCCCGAAAACACUAACACUUUUGUGCACCUUUUAGGUUAAUUCGUACUCUCUCUGCGUUCUUUUGGAUGUCCUGGCCGAUAGCGUCACCCAACUUUGGGUCCCUUAUUUCUAAAGUUCUCUAAUUUGCGCGCCGUUAGCCUCAACGUUACGCCCGCUGUAAUUCAAUGUCGUCCAUGCGCAUUUUCUCAAGUACCUGCAUACCCCGUGUUGCAUUUUACCUCGACUCUAUAGAUAGCGCUGACUCAGCACAUACCCGUCUGAGAAGAGAAACAUUAUGACGGGCUUAAUGUAUUUUUCAGCAGGUGACCCGAGUGACACGUCUCGAAACCGAUUGGCCUGAGUGAACUUACGAACGUGAGCGUACGAGCCGGCUACCUUAAAUCUUUUAACGCUGCUUAACAAGAAAGGACUGGCAAGCACGCGGCAUGGCGUGUCUUGAAAAGUAAGGAUUCACUCGACUAGACGGACACGCUGCUUUUUUUUUUAAUCCGCCAUUGUUGUGCUUACACUGUUGCCAACUGGCUGUAGAUACUUGGCUAGAUAUAGGGAUAGAGACGGCGGCCUGGCUCGGCAACGGCAUCGCGUGCUCGAAACGCCGACAAUGCUAGCCUUGGAGACAAAGGAAGCCGUAUAGAUUCGUCGUAUAAGCGUGUUUCGGUGUCCCGUUAAUGCAGGCCCAUAAUGGCACACAGAUCCACGAAAACAGCGCACGUGUCGGGAAAGCACUUCUCCAAGAAUUUCACAUAAAUUCGCGUGCCACGUCGUCGAAGUUUCUAUGUGCGUAUUGCCAGGAAAACACCUUAAAGGGGACACUAAAGAGAAAAGUAAGUUGAGCUGUAAUAGUAAAUUACCCUUCUACAAAAGUAAAAAUUUUAAAAACGCCACUCUUGCCAUGAUAGCAGGCUUGCCAAGCCAGAAAAAAAAAAAGGCAAACACCAAAGAUGGGUGGCAACCCCACCUCGGAAGCCCCCGCAGAAGCUCGCCGGGUCGUCAUGCAUGGAUUUGGGCGGCGUCGGCUUAGGCCUAGUUCUUUUUUAUUAUUAUUAUUAUUAUUCGAUGAAGACGGACUGCGUUGUAUUCUGAAGAAGCCAAGAGUCAACUUAGCAAGUUUACGGAAACUGUACUACCGCAUAGCGGCCCAUAUACGAAAGUAUAUAAGCCAUGUUUACAUGAAUGCGACAGUACGGCGCGCGUCGCAUCUUUUUGUGACGCAUAGCGGUUUUAGCGCAUAUACUAUAUGCGACAGCGCUUACAUGUGGCGCAUUCCCCUUCGUCCGAAACAAGCCUCGCACCAGUUUCAGGUAGCGACGCGCUAGAAAUUCGAUGUUAUAAGUACGCGCCACUCUGGCGCAUUCACGUAUAAACGCCGCUAUGCUUUGUCCGUGACGCCGCACUGGACGUACCGGCGCUGUGGUUCCGGCGCAAAAAAAAAAAAAAAUAUUAUUACAAUAUUAAUAAUCCGAGUUUGGUCUUUGUUUUACCUUCUAGUAAUCAAUCGUGUCGCCGCGAAAUUAAGGAAAGUGGAGUGUCGAAGGAGUUUUAUCAGUCUACAAACUUACUCAGUGUCUCUCUUUAAUGUCCCUUUUAAAGAUCGCCAAGAAACGCUAUCUUGUGUAUAAAUACUUCGCGAUUAUGUACAUAUAUAACACUGUCGUUUGUCGCGGGCUAGAUCUGUUCGCAGCACGACGACACAGGCGACGUUGUGAGCAUUUUAAGUUUAACCAUGUGCGUGCGUGCGUGUGUGCCAAUGACGCGUAUUGUAUAGUUUAAUGACGCGCGUGCGCUCACACAUUCGAGGCAGCAAAGAAGCCUUUCUUGUCUACUUGUCACCUUAUACUACACUUGCCAUCGUAUAAUUCUCCCUCACCGUUUGACGUGUGUCUGGUGCGGUGUAUAUAUAGAGCCGGCCGAAUUUCGUUUUACGGCUGCACUUCUUGCCUCUUUUCUUUUUUUUCUCUUUCUCUUUAUUUUCUUCUUUGUUUCUUUCGUCAUCACUUCGAUCAGAAGUCAUGUGUCAGUGCAUGUAUGCAGUGAAAGCCUACAUUUACGAAAUACAGUCAAACCUCGAUUUAGCGAAACGCAAUGUUACGGAAUUUGCGAUUUAACGAAGGGCUGCGUUCGAUUUGCCGGCGAACACUCAUAGAGCCUAUAUAAUGCGUUGCGAAACUCGGAAGAAGGAAGUGAACUCAACGCCUCGCCCGAUUUAACGAAGUGUUGGGGGGAAGUAUGGGGAAAAUAUGGGUAUGCUGGGUUUCGGUUCAGGUACGUGACGGACGGGGCUCGCCGCUCCCAUGAAGAACACGAGACGCGGGCUCGCUGUCUAUACGAUAAGUGCGGGCGCAUGUAAAGAAUAUAUUUUUAAUGCAUUAUUGUAAUAUAUAUAUAUAUAUAUAUAUUCGCCUGCGAGGUUUAAGUGUCUUCGAAUUAACGAAGCAAUUUUCGGGUCGCACCGACUUCGUUAAAUCGAGGUUUAACUGUGCAAUCAUUACGAGAUUCCACAUUGUAUACUAGAAAAAAAUUUGAGCCCCGGGGGCCGAUGUUAUAAAGCUUUUCGGUCGGAUGAUAUAUAUCACUGACCGGCUGACCUUGCUAAUUCGUUGUCAAAAUUGGCGGGUGCAUGCCGACUUCGUGACGUAGAAUUCUACGCACGCGUGUAAUACACGUCGCAUAUUCUGCAACGAUCACGCUGAGCGAAUGCCGACUGAUGGAAACAGAGCAAACGGAUGCGACAACAGAAUUUUGUUGGCGGGCCGGUUAGCAAUCAGUUUAAUCAUGAAGGAAGAAAUGACUUUAUUUUCUCAUCGCUUCGUUAUACCGAGCAAGGUGUACCGUGUCCGCCUAUACUAUAGGAGAUACUGGGCUUGAUUUGCUCGAGUCAGAAAUUGUAGGAUUGUCUCGUUGCUUUUGGCGACUUUAUUGGUAUAUCCGCCUAAUCUUGACGUUUAUUCUUGUCCUCAUACCUAUUUUCGACUAAGUUGUAUUUCUUCUUCGUUUUUCUGGUUAUUUCCAUCUGUUACGCGACAAAGAAUGUCACAGAUUUAAACGCAUAUCUCACGUCGAAAAUUUGAAGCGUAUACGCAGGUACAUUGGUUUACCUGAGGUUUAACUGGAGAACUUGGAAGCACAGCUUGCUUCUGGCCACAUCAUAUCACCUAUGUUGAAUAUAGGAGUGCGUGUUAAUAAUAUAUAUAUAUAUAUAUAUAUAUAUAUAUAUAUAUAUAUAUACCAGCGAAAAUGGAGACUAUAGUGGUCGUUGCAGAAUAUGCGUACGUGGCCCCAGAGAAGCGCGAUGACCUGCUGCUGUUUCUUCUGUCUUUCCUCUCAGCAUUCGACUUGCCUAGCGCCUCUUCCUCAAGUUUAAUUAACCGAGUGCGACUUUCGAUCUAUCGGAAGCGUUUAUCGCAAUUAAGCGGACCACCGUUGUCGACAACUCACGCUCUGCUCUUGCCUCGUUGCAAAAGUGAAUUGUGCUUCAUGUUUUUUUUUUUUAUGUAUUCUCGAUUUUGACGCAAUUGAGAAUGCAUUUAUUAUUUUUUGUACACUUUCGGCUGCAAAAUAAAAGAAGAAAAGACGUGU